GUGGAACGAGCUAACGCACCGCUUCCCAUGGCUGAAGGACUGUGCAUGGCCCUCAAAACCCACGCAGGCCUUGAUGACGUGCGUCAACCCURGGGUCAUGGAUGCGAUCAAGGAAGCCUGGGACACCGGGCGCUUCCCACACUUCUUCGAGAUGCUGUGUUUCAGCGACGUAGUUGUCCUCGCCGGCGCCUGGGAUCGCAGCCSGCAUGACKUCRAWGAUGAGCUGGGGGUUYUGGGCGAGCAUCUUGAGUUAAGGAAGCAGGACUAUACUAAGGAGUGUAGGGAGCUAACCGGUAGAUCUGCCAGGGUUGAGCGCAUCCUCCUCAGGAUAUGGGUCGUGGACGAUUCACAUCUUGAGGGGCGAAUCCACGAUGCACCGGGGGUAUCACCCCCCACUGCAAGGGGCAAUCAGGUUACUAGGUGCGACGAUCUUGCCAUAGAGGAUGACGAGAGGGAAGAGAUGGAGCGUGCUAUUGCUGCCAUUGCCUUUGCCAUUAGGGACUCCCCGCUCGCGGAURGUCGUACACACGCCAAUGUCUCGGAUCAGGACCGUUACAUGGCGUUUGCCSCUCUUGCGUCCACAUGCUGGGUGGAACACWCAUUCACMGGUUUUCGGCACGCUAUCUGGAAGAUGGAGACGUUUAACCAUAUAGCCCCGAUCUCCGUCAGGGCCCUCCAAUUUCUCGGGAAUGUYYCGGACGCACAAGUCAAGGAGUGUAGAGCGCUAGCAAUGAAGGGUAAGCUGAAAUUCUCCGGCAGGGUCCCGCCGCUGGACCCUCAGGACCUCAAAUUCCCACCCAUGCGUGCAUUUGAUUUUGAUAAAUGUGGCGACUCAAGCUCCGACAUGUGGCAGAAGGUGAUUAGGCAGCAAGAUAGACUGGAUCUCGGGAAUGUGAGAAAGAUAUGGACCGUGGGCAGGCCCUAUCUUAAGUGCAAAUGCAAGAGGGAGAAUAWCAAGGAUUGUGGAGAUACCCCUCUCUGGUUCGACCAUGCCCUCUGGUACCUGCUUGCGCACCCAGACGUGCUUUUUCGGAACAUGUCCUCGAUYAAGAUCAGGACAUCCAUGUUGAUACAUUACCUUAGAACCUCGUGGAGGGAGGGUGUGCUUGCUGCCAUUAGUUUUCACUUGAUCAGGGAUCUAAUGAUGGGAUACAUCAAGGAGCUUGAGGCAGAUGCGACCCUUGACGCGGAGGGCCUACUGAAGGAUGAUCGUCUGUGGAACUAUUUGGUGCCCGCCCUACUUGCACGAAUCAUGUUCCCUACACGAAUCCCGGAAAAGCCCACCAGAUUCCCACUUAGCGCCGRCAUCUAUGCCCCGGGACAGAUGGCCACGUUACCAUCCGGCCGAAGAGCAUGGAGGAGACAGAGACCAGACUGUGACACCUUCCUUCAUCUGAGAUACACCAGCAUCAUCAUGGAACCUCUAUCCAUCAGGAAGAUGAUCAAUGAAGUCCUGRCAAGAAUCGUGGGCGAUGACACGGCUACCUGGCUGGAACGCACCGUGAUCGGAUGGACCUACAACUCCAAUAUCACUUCCAGGCUCUGCAGGCCGGCGGAGGUAUUCUGCGACUUCGAUGUGGCACAGUGGAUGGAAGCGUAUGAUCUGGGGCAAUGUCCAUGCAGAUUGYGCAAGUACAUGGACAUGCGCAGCCAAGCCUCAAUCGAGCUUCUCCGGUGCGAGGGACAGACGCACAUAAUCAYAUUGGACUCAUCGAUCACGRAUAACCCUCUGCUCCAGGGCAUCAUCAAUGYCGGGUUGAAUCACAUCSUGKGCAUGUCCCUGGAUGUGGAGGAGGCGCUGAAUGAGUUAGGUAUCUUUCUCGACAARCUCAUGACGAAAGUACUGGAGCUGAGGGAACUUUCGRCAUCCACCCAGUCCUUUCUGCGGAGGGUGAUCCURAAAAAAGCAAAGACGAAGAUGAUUAAGUACAAGGAGCARCACAGACACAUCUCUGCCGAGCCGUUCGAACACCUGGCGGUCAAGCGGGAGGUUGAGUUCCUUACGGGACGGUUUCUUAUCUGUCCGACGGAUAAGGCACCGAGCACUCCUACCUUCGUUUGCAAGAACUUCAUUCGGAAGCUUGCUUUUCAGAGGCUAGCUGGACCUGAAUUCGUGAGUGUUGCCUCUUCCCCUGCUUCUGUCAUCACGAGAAUGCAAGGUGAGUUGUCUGCCCUACAUGUGCUACUGGAGUCUCGUGUUGCGCUCCCGUACUUAAGGACGGUCUUCAAAGCGCACAAGGGGACGUUUCGCUGGAUUACUAACACUGCUGGGACCGUGGUUUCCCCUGCGGAGGAGYUGUGCUCGUGCCUGUUGCAGUUUCUCCUGCCCCUGCUGCAAGCUUUCUGUCUGGAGAGAAGCAUGGAGGUGGAAGCGCGGCAUGGUGUCAAGCCAAACYUGUGGUGGUCCACUACCUCGGUGGGUGAGUUCUGUGCGAACUUACCGGAUAGAGUUUACUCUGUAUUCACGGCGGAUAUCACGAGGUGCUUUGAGGCAAYCCCCACGGAUAGCUCGGAGGACGGCUUGCCGGCCGCGGUGAGGUUCUACGUACAAUGUGCUAUGCAGGAGCAAAAGGAGAGRAGUUCAUCCCACGCCAUUCAGAUCCGCAGGGGAGCGAAUGGCGGGUUUCKGCUAUCAUAGGUGGAUGCGGCCCACACGGAGGGAUUCGGCUCCAUGAUAUUCAGGGAGCAGGACAUUUUUUGGCUUUCAGAAUGAUGCAUCUCCAAUAGUCUGUUACGCAUGGGCGACUUCGUGUGGCGGCAGGUCAAGGGUAUACCCAUGGGACUCGCCUGCUCSCCCAUCUGGUGYGACGUCUACCUCUUUUAGUACGAGUUCCACGCCAUGAUGAGGCUGGCGGAUACGGGUAAUGCGCACUUGAUC